ACGGGGUGCGAGGGACUGGGGUUUUCUCGGCCGUGCCCUCCUGCCCUCGGGCUGGGGGAGCAGUGGGGCCUCCCGGGCUGGGGCUGUCCUCAACCACCGGGUUCGGGGACCCUGAGCCACUGCGGGAGCUGCUGGGACGCCGUUGCUGAAGGAGCCCCGCGAUGGCCCAGAGGCUGGCACUCCAGCGGCUACUGUCCCUCCCCUUGCGGGGCCCCCUGGCAUCCCACGGCAGGGCCUUUGGCACCUCAGCUGGCCUCAGGAACACUUUCAACGUACAGGAURGCAGCGACUUCCAGGACCGGGUGUUGAACAGCUCCAAGCCUGUUGUGGUGGACUUCCAUGCGCAGUGGUGUGGUCCCUGCAAGAUCUUAGGCCCCAGGUUAGAGAAGAUGGUGGCCAAGCAGGAGGGGAAGGUGCUGAUGGCCAAGGUGGACAUUGAUGAUCACACAGACCUUGCUAUCGAGUAUGAGGUGUCAGCRGUGCCAACUGUGCUGGCUAUGAAGAAUGGAGAUGUUGUGGAUAAGUUUGUGGGCAUAAAGGACGAGGAUCAGCUGGAGGCAUUUCUCAAGAAACUGAUUGGAGCCUGAAGUAAAAGCGGGGCUGUACCUCUGCCUCUGGACACGUCCGUGUUGUGCAUUCCUUGCCUGGRAGAGCUGAGGGCAGGUUAAUUCCCUGCCCUGUACAACUCUGUUCUCCUGUUUUGGUAUUUUUAGGAAAUGGAAAAUGUUGUAYCCCUUCCCUGCUUCUCCCUCUUCUYUUGAGCAGCAGUAGCUGUAAAGGGUGCUGAGGCAUGGGGCUGCUUAUUCUCAAAACAGGGAAUGUUGCUGGAAUUAGGAGCCUGUGUUUAUCAGCCAAGAGCUGACGUUUGGAGCUGCUGCUGCUGAGUUAGGAGGAGGAAUGUUUUCUCUUUGCCUCACAUCUGAUAGCCCAGAGCAGAGGGCAGCUGCUCCCUGCAGGAUGAUGGCACAUACCUGCCCUGGGUGGAUUCCUUUAAAGCUGAGAAUGCCUCUGCCUUGUCUCUGAAACCUGUCUCUUUCUUUCUCUGUCCUUGUGUUGCUGGGACCRGUACAACUCCUUCACAAAUCCUUGGGCUCCCAUUAUAAUUUUAUAAGAGAAAAUAGGGAGAAGUAUUUUAUAGAUCUCCUUUUGUAUGUCUGCAGUAGAGAACUUUUAUCAGUCACUGCUGUCUAGCUGGGAGAAUAAAACUUGAUUCUCAGAAAUCUCUCCAGAGAGGUGAGUGGGAAUAUCAGCAGCUCAGUUUCUAAUGAUGGGUUGGGAGAGUGCAGGUUAUGACUUGAUCUCUACUUAAAGGUAAGGUGCUGAAGAACAAAGCAGGGGUUUACUUUCAUGGGGCUUUCAGUGCUGCCUGUAGGACCCCGUUUGUGUACUGCGGGACGCAGGAGGGCAGAAGCAGGAUUCACCUCUUAUACACAGAGGAUCAGCUGCUCAUUGCACACCAGGAGCCUGUGCUGUGCUUGCUCCCCCUGUGCUUUUCUCACUCAUUCCCUGCCUGUGAAGCCUGAGAGCCUUCCUCUCUCCCUGUUGUGAAUAAUUAAAUCUGCUCACAUGGGUGAGCCCUGCCAGAAGGCAGCCUUUUGACUUUAAUUGCCCUGACCUUUGGACUAAGGGUGCUGGUUGUGUGUUUCUAUCUGAGCAGCCUUGAGCCCUUCCCACCUCUUCCUCCUCCUCCUCCUUCGCACAUACACCUGUUUCCAGUCAAAAUGGCUUCUGAGUGCUCCCAGCGUCCUCUUGUGCUUGCAGGCAGAGUACAGCACCAGYACUGAUGACUACUGUACUGUUUAAUUCCAGUUUGCUUAUCUAAGCUGCAUGAGAACAUUGUAAGUGCUUAAUGACCAUGUACAAGCUGCUUUUUUUUCACCACAGCUUCUGUUUCCUUCAGUCACUCUUAAAUCUGCUUUGGCUUUGCUCCACUUCACCUCCCUGGUUUAUAAGCAGCAAGGUUAUUCUUUUUCUGCAUCUUUGCAAUAACAAUUUAUGACUUUUGGAGGAGCCUGGGGAGUGGUGAUCCAAGUCCUGCUGCAACCUCAAUGCUGCUGGCAUCACUGCUCCCACUUGCUUCUGUCACCCUGGGGCCUGGGCUACUGGUCCCCUGAGGUGGGUGCCUCCCACUCAGGCUGGGCUGAUCUCACCACUGGCAUGCUGCUAGAGGUAAUAUCACUUGGAUGUAAUCUGGUAAAGAUGUCUUGAUCAGUUACAAUGAAUAAAAACUGGCAUUUUAUUUUAUUCUGGA